AAAAUGAUGAGCGUGAGGAGGGAUAAGGCCUCUUUCGUUCAAUCAUCUCGUCAGCAGAUGGGAGAACCAUAAGUUUCGGCCAUGGGUUCAGGCAGUAGCUUUGGUUGAACUGGAGAUUCGUCACAAGAAGGAACCAUGGAAAGGAGCAGCGACCAGAAGAUUAGUAUAAGAUCAUUCUUUAGAGAGAAAGGGUUUGAUGAUGAAAGCAUACAAUUAAUGUUCAGAAGAUGCAAGUGGCUUGAAGUUGCUGAUGGCGAGAGAGCCUGUGAGAACUGGAAUUACUUGAAAAGUAUUGGGAUUCAAGAGAGGAAGCUUCCUUGUGUUGUUUCCAAGUGUCCCAAGAUCCUUGCUCUAGGCUUGAAUGAGAAGCUUGUGCCUAUGGUCCAAUGCCUUGCAACCUUGGGAACAAAACCUGGCGAUGUCGCUUUGGCCAUAACCAAGUUUCCUCACAUACUCUCUCACAGUGUGGAAGAGAAGCUUUGCCCGCUAUUAGCCUUCUUCCAGGCAUUGGGGGUCUCUGAAAAGCAACUUCGGAGGUUGCUCUUGCUCAACCCAAGGCUCAUCAGUUACAGCAUUGAGACCAAAUUUUCUCAGAUUGUAGAUUUCUUUGCAAGCUUAGGACUUAAUAAGGAAGUGCUGAUCGGAAAAAUUUUGGUAAAGAAUCCAUUCAUCAUGGGUUACAGUGUUGAGAAACGGCUCCAGCCUACAGCAGAGUUUCUUAAGUCAAUAGGGUUAAAUGAGUUUGAGCUUCAAAGGGUGGUUCUGAAUUUCCCCGAGGUAUUGUGUAGGGAUGUGAAUAAGGUGUUGAGACCCAAUUUAGUUUUCUUAAAGAGAUGUGGGUUUUACGAUGAACAAAUUGCAGUAUUGGUGGCUGGAUAUCCUCCUGUUUUAAUCAAGAGUGUCAAAAAUUCCUUGGAACCCAGAAUCAAGUUCUUGGUGGAAGAGAUGGGGAGGGAAAUCAGUGAGAUAACAGAUUGCCCUGAAUUCUUUCGGCAUGGUCUAAAGAAGAGUCUGGUGUUUCGACAGAAGGUGCUGAAGAAGAAGAACAUAUGUUGUAGCUUAAGUGAGAUGCUCAACUGCAGUCAGAAGAAGUUUAUUGCCAAGUUCGCUUAACUGUAGGCUCCUUGUGAUUCUUUUCUUUUUCCUUUUCUCUUUGUUCUUUAGCAUUUUUAGUGUAACAGCUUGAGCAUAUCUGUCUUGUAUUUACCAUGCAUGAAUUGGGUGAUGCAAUAGCUGCAGGUGUUGGUCGUAGAUAGUGUCCUGCUCCCAUUUUACCCCUUUUGAUUAUGUAUUCAAGGAUGUGGGAGUUAAGGGCUUUACCGCAUUACCCAUAAUUGAAGUGUACAACAGCUCUGAUAAUUCGAGACAUUUGAUGAUGUCCA